AUGGGAACUUGUUAAUCUUAAAAACAUAUGGGUAAUCCUGUAAAAAAAAAAGAUUAAACAUCAUUUACUUCUUAAUUUACUACAAUAAGAGAAUUGAUUCACUUUUUUGAUUAGAUUAGUUUAGAAAAAUUAAAUUUUCCAGAUUUAUCAGCUUUUUUAUCAAAACAUAUAGACAAAAAUAGAAUUGUAAAUGAAGGUAAAACUUGGGUAGCCAUAAAUGAAGUUAAAACAAUUUUAAAUAAUAAAACUGUUAUUUUAAUAAGGAACUUUAAUCCUGAAACUGAUGCAGCCAUCUAAUUAAUUUAUUUGCUGAAACAAUUAAUAGAAGUUUCUUUUGGAGCUUAAGAACUAUAAAUUAGUUUUAAUGAAAAUGCUGUUGAACUUUUUCAUUAUUAUCAAGCUCAACUGGUUCAAGUAAUAUUUUAUUACAAAUUAAUUAGAUCUCAAUUGAAGUAUUAUUAGCUGUUAAUACAUUAAUUAGAAAAUAGGAAUAAUGGUGGAAAGAUUGUUAUUUUAAUUGGCGUAGUAGUUACAUUUAAUCAAUGUUUAAAAUUAAAUAACCUAUAGUAGAAAAGAUUGAUCUAAUUUAACCAUUUUAUGAAUUUAUUGCAUUAUUAAAAUAAUGUGCUAAACAACUUUGUAAUCAAUAAAAAUCACCAGAUCUAAUGGAAAUAGAUAUUAAAGCUUAAUAAGAAGUCUUAGAAUAAUUCUAUAGUUAGAUUAGAACAGGUUUUUUAUAAAAUUAAUCAACUCAAAUUGAUAGUAUUAAUUGGGAACGGCAAAAUGCUUCAAAAUCAUUAGGAUAAAAACUGUAAAUUUAUAAUCUCUAUAUAAAAAAGAAAAACUAUACUUCUUGA